ACAACAGAAGGUUAUCUAUCAACAUAAUAGUAGGCUACGAGUGUCGUCACCACAGCAGGGAGCAGUAGUGAGACAAGAGCUUCACGAAAUGAAAUACAACUUAUUUUAAUCAUGGCCAGUGUGAAUGACCUCCCUGAAGAAAUAUUGGAAUACAUCUUAUGUCUUAUAUCACCCUAUAAUGAUUUAAGAUCUUGCAGACAGGUGUGUCAUCGCUGGUACACCUGCUGCCAAGGCGUUGUGGAGAAGAGAAAAUCCCGGUUUUUCACAGCUCUGAAGGUGGGCUGCGUCAAGUGGUUCAGUCCAACAUAUCCAAGUCACAUCAUUCCAAUCAGCAGGCGGUAUUCUCAUUCAGCAUGUGUGUUUGAGUCAUCAAUGUAUGUUUUUGGGGGCUGUACAUCAACAAAUACAACAUUUAAUGAUCUCUGGCGUUUUGACUUAGGGUUACAUGAGUGGACACGCCUGUUGACCACUGGAACUUACCCAUCACCUAAGGCAUAUGCUUCAAUGGUAACAUGGAAUAAUUGUCUUGUAUUGUUUGGUGGUUGGACUUACCCUUCUUUGUACCCUUUGCAUCAACAGUGGGUGUUAUUUAGUGAGCUGCAUGUAUAUGAUAUCUUAGGCAACCGAUGGACUCAGCUAUAUUAUCCUGGAUCCCCCCCGCCAACAGCAGGCCAUUCUGCAUCUGUACAUGGUAGUGUUAUGGUUGUAUUUGGUGGAUUACAGAAACAGGAGGGUACAUCUGCAAGUACAAAUGAUGUUUUCUGUUUAGACCUUGUGAGGCAGUGUUGGUUUAAACCUAUAGUGUCAGAGCAUAUGCCAAAGCCACGAUAUGGCCACUCACAAAUUAAACUGGAUGAGACACACAUUUUAAUCCUUGCUGGAUGUGGAGGCUCUAACAAACUAUACAAUGAUAUGUGGCUACUGACGAUCCCUACUAAUAUUUACAAUAGAAGUGAAAAAUGGCACUGGGAACAAAUUUUUGUUGAAGAAUCUGACCAUAUGCCCUCACAGAUGUGGUAUAACCCAGCAUGCAAGGUUGGAAAUAGUGUUGUUGUUCUGUCAACAUGUGGGACUAAUAGUGCUUCAGCGGGUGGUAACAUGGCUCAGCUUUUGGUACCUGGCUCAGUAAGGAGACAGCCAGCUAAUGUUUGGAUUCCCCCAGUGCAGCCGCCAGAAGUACGACCUCAUGAACAUCCACCUUUAGAACGCCAUCAAUUAGAACCAAAUGUUAAUGGUCAGCGUGGGUUUCUACGACCAGGUAUCCAUCCAGUGGACCAGGCAGAAUCUAGUAGUGACGAAAAUGAUGAUGGAAAUGUUCAGGGGGCACAUGUUGGGCAAGGAACAUCUGGGAGAGGUAGACCACGACCUUCUAUCAGGCCAAAUGCAUCAAGUGAUAGAGAGCGUAGACUUCAGGUUUUAUCAAGAAUGACGGAGAGAAUUAGAGAACUGUCACGUCAACAAGAACCUAGCGGUGCUACCUCCAGCAAGUCUUCACCAUCUCGUAGUUCUGUUACACCUCAUAUGCUGGAUAUCAGUCAAGUUAUUUCACGCAGGCAGGCAAGAUGGUGGCCUAUUAACCAGUCUAAUGGCUUACCAACUUGUAUUGGUUCUCCUCCUCAACCAUCACUUCUUUACUCUUUAGUUCUUGGCAGGGGGCAUCUUAUCAUGUUUGGUGGUAUCCCACAUGAUCCCACUGGAGGACAAGGCCAAGAAACUGCAUCAAACACUGUGAUAUUUGUAUCAGCACCCUCCAGUUCAUAUUUUGCUACAUAAUGAUGUUCAGGCUGUGUGUGUACAUUUACAUUGUACUGUAUAAAAAAAAUAUUGUUUAUUCAUCAAAGCACUGUAACACAGCACUAUAUUUAAGAUGUUCCACAUACAGAUGGAAAGAAUAAGUAAUUGGAUAUUUCUUUAUUGUAGUUAUAUUUGUGAAGUGUUUAAUUAUUUUCUUGAUUACCUCUAAAGGAUAAAGUUCUUUGGGAAAAAGAAAAAAGGGAAUUGAAUAUAACAGUAGAACACCAGAAGGCUGGAUACUUAGUUAAUUUUUUUUACAGUACUGUACAGUAUUAUGAUUAUUUUGCAAACAGAUGAGUACACUCUGAAGAGCAGCUGAAGUAUUCUGAAUACAGUAUGUGGUAGUGUAAAGGAUUAAUGCAUUUCAUAUAUGUAGUAUCUAUUGUUUUCAUAAAAAAAAUAUUGUUAAAUA